CUGUGCCUGGUGGCGCUCAUUGGCCCAACGGGAUCGGGGAAGUCCUCUUUUGCCGCCAGCCACUUCAAGCCCACGGAAGUGGUGUCUUCGGACGUCUGCCGGGCGACGGUGGCGGAUGACGCCACUGACCAGGCCGCAACGCCCGACGCCUUUGCCCUGGUCAACUUCAUUGCGGCCACGCGCCUGAGAGCCGGACGCCUUACCGUCAUUGACGCCACCAGCGUACAGCCGGAGGCCCGCAAGACCCUGGUGGCACUGGCCAGGGAACAUGACUGCCUGCCGGUGGCCAUCGUGCUGAAUAUGCCGGAGUCUCUGUGCCUGGCCCGCAAUAAAGACCGCCCCGACCGUCAGUUUGGCCCGCAGGUGGUGCGCCGACAGGCGGAACAGCUCCGGAGGUCGCUGCGCGGGCUGAAACGCGAGGGCUUCCGGCACGUGUUCGUGCUCGACUCUCCCGAGGAGGUGGAAGCGGCCGCCGUUGAACGCGUACCCUUGUGGGUCAACCUCCAGCACGAGCACGGACCCUUUGACAUUAUCGGUGACGUGCAUGGGUGUUACGACGAACUGGCCAUCCUCCUCGAGCGCCUCGGCUACCAACUGGAGACCCCCGAAGGCGCUGACGGGGAAACCGGCUUUUCGGCAACCCAUCCGGAAGGCCGGAAAGCCGUAUUCGUAGGCGACCUCGUGGACCGGGGCCCGGGCGUAGCCAAAGUGCUAAAGCUGGUGAUGGACAUGGAGGCCCAGGGCUCGGCACUGUGCGUCGCUGGCAACCACGAGUCCAAGCUCUCCCGCAAGCUCCGGGGCCGGAAUGUACAGGUGUCGCACGGUCUGGCGGAAUCCCUGGCUCAACUGGAACUGGAGUCCCCGGCGUUCCGGCAACGGGUUGACCAGUUCCUCGACGGACUGAUCAGCCACUAUGUACUUGAUGAUGGCGGGCUGGUGGUGGCCCACGCAGGGAUGAAGACGGAAUAUCAGGGCCGGGCGUCCGCGCGGGUCCGUGACUUCUGCCUGUAUGGCGAGACCACUGGAGAGACCGACGAGUUCGGUCUACCAGUGCGCUCCAACUGGGCUGCCGAUUACCGGGGCCGGGCGAUGGUGGUCUACGGUCAUACCCCGGUGGUGGAACCUGCCUGGCUCAAUGGUACCAUCAACGUAGAUACAGGCUGUGUCUUUGGCGGCAAGCUGACCGCCCUCCGCUAUCCGGAAAAAGAGCUGGUAUCGGUUCCGGCGGCGCGGGUCUACUAUGAGCCGGCCAAACCUUUGGUUGAGGCCGCCCGACUGGAAGACUCCUCCGCGCCGGGCGAGGCUCGCGCGGCGAACCUCCUCGACAUUGACGACGUGCUGGGGAAACGUAUCGUAGCGACAAGGCUUCGCGGCAAUGUCACGGUCCGGGAGGAGAAUGCCGCGGCGGCCCUGGAAGUGAUGAGCCGUUUUGCCCUGGACCCCCGCUGGCUGGUGUACCUGCCACCCACCAUAUCCCCAUGCGACAGCUCAAGACUGCCCGAUAUGCUGGAGCAUCCAGCGGAGGUAUUUACCUACUUCCGCAAUAGCGGUGUGUCCAGCGUGGUCUGCGAGGAAAAACACAUGGGUUCGCGGGCCAUCGUCGUGGCAGGGCGGGACGCCGCAGCCAUCGAGCGGCGGUUCGGCAUCACCGGCGAGGGGAUUGGGGCUUGCUACACGCGGACGGGAAGAAGGUUCUUUGAAGACCGCGCCCUAGAGGCGGAAUUUCUGGAACGGGUCGGCUCGGCGCUGGCCGACGCGGGUCUUUGGGAUGAACUGGGGACCGACUGGGUGGUGCUGGACAGUGAACUCAUGCCGUGGUCCGUCAAGGCGCAGGAACUGCUCCGCGAACAGUAUGCGGCGGUGGGCGCAGCGGCGCGGACCAGCCUCACGGCGGCGGACGCGCUCCUUCGGCAGACGGCAGCGCGGGGUAUUGACGUCGGCGAGAGCCUGGUCGGAGUCGAAGAGAGGCUGCGCCUGGCCCAACUCUACAGCGAUGCCUAUGCCCGGUACUGCUGGCCGGUGACGUCGCUGGACGACAUCCGGCUGGCGCCGUUCCACCUCCUGGCCAGCGAGGGGCAGAUGCAUACCGAUAGGGCCCAUCUUUGGCACAUGGACGUGGCCAAGCGCCUGAGCCAGGGCUGA